GGGCAGCACAGGAUGGCCCCCCGGCGAGACUUUACUGAAAUGCUGUUAAGAAGGCGUGGCCGUCCUGCUGCCUGUGUGACUGGAGUGCCAGUCUCGCCAUCACACAGUCCUGAUGAUGUGAAGAGCAGCUGGUGACCCUCAAGUGCGCGUGGGCAGAGAUUUCCGACAUCUCCUGCUCUCUUGGAUUUCUUUAUAGAGGGAGAUCAACGUUUACAUGGCAGGGAACACGGGUGAGGGGUGAAGAGCAUAGCCAGUCCGAGCAGCGGUGCCACGCCAUCCCCAAGAUGUGGAGGAGACAUGAAAAGCACGAUCGGGCCACCCUGCACAGAAUUCCCACGUCUAGUGUGGCACUCCUGCCAACUUGAUAAGCUGGCACCAGACUUGCCACUGCCAGAAAGACUUGGAAUUAAAUGCCCAUUCAGCCGUCUUCUCGAUAGGUGGCAUGCAGUGGUCCUGGCAGACACUUUGGAUUCCACAUGGCACAUCCCAAAUCCCAGUCUGCCUCUUAAUUGACCUGGGCAGUGUGUGAUUGUGCCCUCUGUCAGCCUGGCACCCCUGCUUCCAAACCAGCUGGCGUAGGCCCUGGCACUGGAAACGUGUGUGUGGCCUGUGGCUUCUUUCCUAGUGGCUGCCUGAUGAUGCACUUCGCUCAUGUAGCGCCUUUCUGUGCUCAGAGAUGGACUUUCGUAACGUACAGAGUGUUGACAGUCGAUCCCUGUGGGAAGUGUGCAGAUGGGGGCCUAAAUCGGUGACGGGCAGGGACGUUGAGCCCAUCCCGGCAUAUCUGGCACUGCAGGCGUAAAGCGCUGAAUGACAUGGUGGCUGGCAGCAGGCCCACCAUUUCACUGACGGUACCUUGGCUCACAGGCGCUGCCAAUGGGGCGCUGCGUCAUCGGCAUGUGUCUGUCUGUCGCUCGGUGGUCACCCAGAGCUGAAUGGUGCCAGCUGCAGUUACUGUAUGGCCUUUGAUGCCCACAGACUCCUCGUGAUGCCCCUGGCGCUGGCCGUCUUCGGCCUCGUGUGCUCGUUUUCGAUUUGACUGCUGGUCUCGUCGGGGUGUGCCCGCCGCUGCAUGGUACAAUAGGUAGCAGGAUCCCCCCGGCUCUUUCUCAGUCUUGCAGACGUUUCCUUUUCCGUCUUUGCCAAGUCGGGGGGAUUUCCCGCCAUGCAUUUGUGCCUAUUUGCCAAUCUCUGUGUAGCGACACUUCACAUGGCAGCUCCUGCACUCGGCCUGUGUGCUCUUGGUGACACAGUCGGGACGGCGUGGUCACCGCGCCAGGACCUCUGAUGCAGUUUACAUCACAUGCACCCUCACGGUGAUGCUGACCUGCUAAAUAUAAAUGGGAGUCACUGGGGGUCCAGAGCAUGGCGGGUGGGGACCUUGUGGAUCAGACACCAUCUGCCUGACCCACAAUGACCGUGUAAUGAAUGAGGUAGUCAGCCACUUGUCACCCAUCUUGAUCCUCUCCUGAAUCUGAGCUCACAGCAGUGUCCCCUGUCACAACACCUCACUAGUCGUACAAAAUGACGGGAUCAACAGCUGACACUCUGAAUAUUCUCCAGGGUGCUGAGUGGUCCUGGCACUGGUUGUCUUUGGCGGCCAUUGCAUCUUUUUCAUUUGCUUCCUCCUCUCCUGACUUGCCUCUUUGUGCCACUGCUGCUUAGACCGGAGGUGUCAGGGCUGACUUGUCACCAUCUGUGCUGUCCUUGCAUUGGAUUUUGUCCAGUGAGCAGGGUUGGCCUUUUUUUCCCUUCCUUCCUUCCUCUGAUUGUGGGCCCCCUAAGUUUAAAUUCCUUGAGAUCUGUGGAAACAAAUUAAUUUGUGUUUUUAUUGCACAUGAUGAGCGGCUUUAAGAAAACGCGUACUGUUCUGGGAUUUUAGCCCAAAUUGACCGCUAGGGGCGCUGCGCGAGACAGUGAGGGAAUGCGAGGGGGCGCGCGCACGAGAUCUUUUCGCCUCUCCUUUGUUUCCGCCACUCCUCAUCAGAGACGCCGCCAUCAUUUCACCGCCCAGUGGAUAGGGGCGCUGUUAUUUGAGCCGCGCGGUGUCUCCCACCGUAUUCGGGCGUCUGGGCCUCGGCGUGACGGGAUGAGAAGGUUAGUGGCGAGCGCUGCGAGUCUCGACCGGGUAUAGCCCGAGGCCCCACAAGCCCCGCCUGGCUGUGGCGGCGGACCCACGCACGAAGGGGGCGGCGGGGAUUCCCAGGAUCCGCGGGCGCCGCUUUCUGCGUUCUGGGAGCGUCGAGGAGGCCCGCUGGUUCUGUGGCCGUGUGUUGUGUUGCCGCCCGGCGGCUCAGACGAGCCCAUCCCUCGGAGAGCUCAACUAGGACACGCAGAGGCGCUGUAUACCUGCUCGGCCUUCAGCAUGGCAGCUCAAGACCCCUCUCCCCCUACGUCUCUGGAAAGUGUCCAGCCGGGAUUCCCGAGACAGGUCCUCGCCAACAAGCUGGAGGUCAAGCACCUGUGCAACGCCUGCCUGCUGCUGCUGAGACGGCCGUGCCAGGCCCAGUGUGGCCACCGCUACUGCUCCUUCUGCUUCAAGAGACUGGUCAGCUGCGGCCCCCAGAAGUGCAAUGCGUGCAUCAAGGAGGACAUGUUUGAAGAGCCCACCUCUAUUCUCACUGAAGGCUGCGCCUUCCCUGACAACGCGGCCCGGAGAGAAGUGGAGGGUCUCGCUGCUGUCUGUCCCAACGAGGGUUGCAGCUGGAGAGGAACCAUUAAAGAAUAUGAGGCGCAGCAUGAAGGCAAAUGCGAGUUUGCGCUCACUCAGUGCCCGGCAUGUGGACAGACCAUCCGGAUGAACGACGCGGAGCGGCAUAACGAGCGCGAGUGCCCUGAGAGGACCCUCAACUGUAAAUACUGCAAAGAGGUGUUCCACUUCAAGAGCAUUAAGGCCCAUGAUGAGAUCUGCCCUAAGUUCCCUAUGGUUUGUGAAGGCUGUGCCAAGAAGAAGAUCCCCAGAGAGAAGUACGCGGAGCACAUCAAGUUUUGCAGUAAAUUCCGAGCCCCCUGCCGCUUCCAUGUUGUCGGAUGUGUCGCCUCGGUCGAAAACGAGAAGAUCCCUGAACACGAGCAGGCGUGUGCCUACGAACACCUCAACAUGCUCCUCCAUUACAUCAUGGGCAUCAAGGUCAACUUGGAAGGCCUGCAGCCUCAGAGCCUGGAGAAUGCCAGCCUGAAAAUCCAUAAACUCAAUGAGUCCAUGAGGGAGCUGGAGCAGAAGCUGGGGCAGCUGGCGCUGUCUCCCGUGCAGGGAGCUGCUCAGCUCGUGCCCCUGAUGCCCGCUGCCGGCGUGGAGCUACAGCUGCUCAGCGAGAAGUCCCGGGUGGGAGAGCUCAGCCGCAAGGUCCAGGAGCUCGAGCUCAAGAUCAGCACCUUUGAGAACAUCGUGUGUGUCCUCAACCGUGAAGUGGAGCGGUCGUGCAGCACUCUGGACGCCUACGGCAGGCAGCACCGGCUGGACCAGGAGAAGAUCGAGGUCUUGAGCACCAAGGUGCGGCAGUUGGAGCGCAGCGUGAGUCUCAAGGACUUGGCCGUCGCCGAGAGCGAAGGGCGCCUGCGGGAGCUCGCGUCCGCCACCUACGACGGGGUCUUCAUCUGGAAGAUUUCGGACUUCAGCAAGAAGCGUCAAGACGCCGUCGCCGGCCGCGCGCCAGCCAUGUUCUCUCCAGCUUUCUACACCAGUAAGUACGGCUACAAGAUGUGCCUGCGCAUCUACCUGAACGGCGACGGGACGGGCCGCGGGACGCACCUCUCGCUCUUCUUCGUCGUGAUGAGAGGCCCGUGUGACGCUCUGCUCAAGUGGCCCUUCAACCAGAAGGUGACCCUCAUGCUGCUGGACCAGAACAACCGGGAGCACAUCAUCGAUGCCUUCCGUCCAGAUGUCACCUCGUCCUCAUUCCAGAGGCCCAGCAGCGAGAUGAACAUCGCCAGUGGCUGCCCCCUCUUCUGCCCGCUCUCCAAACUCGACUCCAAGAACUCCUACAUUCGUGAUGACACCAUCUUCAUUAAGGCCAUCGUGGAUCUGACCGGCCUCUAGUCGGCCAUUUUAGGUGGUGAGCGGGAGUGACGGGGGACAAAACAUCUGGCUGGCCUGCCAUGCGCAAUGAGUCCAGGCCGCCGCCAGCAGGUGGCGCAUCCUGCCACGUGCAUGCCAAAGCUUAGUGUGUGUCAUUCGGUGUAAUGGUGGACAUUGCCUAAGGUGUCAGUGGGAGCGGGCAUGGGGGGGCGUGUGCGUGCGUGCGUGCGUGUGUGUGUGCGUGUGGUUCAAUCUGUGGAAGAUGCACUGAACAGCGGGGGGCGCCACCUGCCAGCGUGUGUGUGUGUGUGUGGACUGGGGGCUCACUCUAGCAGCGGGCACUGGUACCCUUAGACCUCUCCAGGGUCCUUGCCCGCCGCCCCCCCGUCUCUGUGGUUCUAAAUGAUAUAAACGGAUACCCGUCUAGGUGAUUCAUAGCCGUCUUUAAGUUCCAAUGCGUGGAGAUAUUGAGCAGACAUUUGAUAUUAUUUGUAAUAACGACGAUUAUAAUAGUGAUGCCGCCUUGUGCCAGGCCCCUCCACGCCGCCCUGCUUCACUGCACACGAGGCACCGUGGGGGCUUUGGAGUUCAGGCCGUCAUGAGUGUGCGUGUGUGUGUGGUGGUCUUCCCCACGGCCCGCAGCUGCAUGUGUAUCGGUGUCAUGUGACGCUCCUGUGCCGUGUGACGCUUGUUCUUUAAUAAACAUGUCCUUCUGUCACCCGA